GGGGGAGAAGCUGGUAAGGCCGCCCAGGUCUUCUUUAUUCCAAAUUAAAUCCCGCUGUUUCUAGCGGUGUCAGUGAUUUCCUCUGUGACUCACUUUUUACAUCUCGCACUUUAGGCAGUACCCGAAAAGGCAAUCUGAAUCGCUGAGCAGAGCACUCUUGCUGCUUUCUAGCCCCACUCAGUCUUCAGCGUUUCCGAAAAGGGGAGGAUUCGAACAGGACAUUUGCUUUGCGACGCAGCAAGGUCCGGAUUCGGGAAUGGGAAAGCCGCUUCUAGAAGGGAAAGGAAGCGGAAAAUGUCCCGUGGUGUGCAAUAAAUGUAUUGCAGCCUUCUCUUUCGAGAACUCUGAACUCGCUCCUUCGUUUUGGGAAGAUUGCUCUAAAGCGCCUCCCCCCCCCCCCCCCUUGGCGAUCUUUCUCACUCGGUGCCCGACGAGCCCGGCCAAGCCCAUCUCGGCGCAACUGCUGCUUGGGGCGGGGCGCGGGGCAGCGUGCCACGACAAGUCCCCCCGUCCGAGCGCUCCUCCUCGCGCUCUUUCCCGGCUCUGGAGAGGCGGGAGGGGGGCCCGCGGUUUCCCCGGGGAAUGUCCUCCCUCCCCUCCCAGCCACGUCACUCGGACCCCUCCCUGUAUAACCCGCGGAGGGAAGCGGGAGGCGCGCUCUCUCUGCCCCCCUCCCUCCCUCCUCUCCUGCCCAGCGGCGCAAGAAAAGUUGGGAGGCAGCCGGCUGAGCCGGGGACCUGCUCCGCUCCGCUCUGUGCCUUCCUGGCGAGAGAUGCUCAAGCGGCGGCGGGGCUUCUCGGUGGAGCCGCUGUGGAGCCACGAUGGAGCGUGGAAACCAUUAGAGAGCUCUGUGGUGCUGACUUCAGUCAGCAUGUACCGGAAUCUGCAAGAUCCUCAGUCUCCCAGGGAGUGUUCUCUCAAGUUGAAGCUGGAUGACAAGAUAAGCAGUGAAAUGGACAGAUGGGGUGAGGCUGGGUCGCCAACAGAGCUUCUUCCCCACAAGGGUUUGAACCACCAGCUGGGCUUCAUACCCACCAGUGGGAGGCUCUUGAAGUCUGAAUCAGAGGACUCUGGCGUGGAAAUGGCCAGCAGCGAUCACUCUCCCUCCACACCUGUGGAUUCUGAAAAGAGCUUUAGCUUGGACUGUAUGGAUGGCUUCCAGCCUUUGGCAAAGGACUGUGCCACUGUGGUAUCCCAUGACAGCAGCCCCGAAGCGGAAGAGCAAGCAGAACCAGAUCCCAGCCAAGAUCGACCCUAUCAGCGGAACCUGUCUGUCAGCAAGAAACUAGCCCAGGUUGUGCAACGAUCACAGAAACACCGGUUGCCUGGCCGGUCACCAAGACAGCUCAGCCAGAGACCCCGCAGCCUCCUGGACUUGGAGAGGCUGAAGGCCUAUUGCAUACACCAGCCUGCGAGUGUUGAUGGUGUUGUGGGAGCUGCUUGUGGAGGGUACCGUAGCACCACCUCUGGCUGCAAUGCUCCUGCAGAACAGCACAUGGAAGCAGUGGUACAGGAUGAGCCUUCGCUUACCAUGCCUGGGCAGGGCUUGAGGUACUUGGAGCACAUCUGCCAGAUGCUGGAGAAAAUCGCCCAACUGCAGAGGGCCAACCAGCGGCUUCAGUAUCAGCAUCAGAUCAUGGAGUGCCGGCUGCGAGCUCAGGAAUCUGAGAAUGAUGGCCUUUCUGAAGAAACUCCUGAAGAGCUGAGGCUGACAGGGACAGAACCUCCACCUGGGUGUCAAGCAGGUACAGAGAUGGAGGAAAGUCCCUAUUCACCAAGCUCCUACUAUCCCCACCAUUUCCGAGCACGCUCUGCUUCUGACACGCAUGUGGUGGUGAGCCCAGUCCAUCACUCAGAGAGCAAGCCUGACCAAUCUGGGAAGGCUGCAGCACGCUUCUCCAGCUCACCCAACUUGUUGGAUCAACCAGAUGGAGGCUCCCGUACUUUGCCACCAGGCAUGAAGCUCAAGAAUGAACACUCACACUGGGGCAAAGUCAAAGUGCUGAUAAACAGAAUGAAAAGGAAAUCUGUGCAGACCAACGAGCAGACCCCAUUUGGUGAGGGUGCCCCCAGCGGCAGAUGGUCUAGAACGGAUGAUGUAUCAGACAAACAAGAACUUCACCCCAGGAGGCGUUUUCUGCCCACUCUGGGGGCAAAGAAACGCCUAUCAAAACAUUUUCCUAUGCGGUGAGACCAAGCAGAUAUGAUGGAUUUGUCUGCAAAGUUAUGAGCAGCUAAGGAACCUUCCCUCCUUCUGUGGAAUUUAAAUCCCCUGCAGCAGGACAGAAAUGAGGAGAGUGUCUCGCUACUAAGAAUUCAGAAACAAGAGCCCUACCUUCUGUGAUUACGGAUGGAUAGGCUUGGACUCGGCAGUCUUUCCUUGGCAAAAGUCAAAAUUCACAAGCCUCAUGGUACAAGAAGAUUCUCUUUGGUCUAGUGCAGGAGAAACACUGGUUUCCCACAAACUACACCAGAAGUGGACUCUCUGCGUUCCUCCUUCCUCAAGAACAAUUUCCAGUCUUCCUUUCUAUCAGUUAUAGUUCUUUUGCAUUACAUAUGGAGUAAAGAAAAUCCUGGUCAACAAAAAACAUGAGUUGAAUGGGUUUACAAUUCCUGGGAAUGCAGGAAUCUAAUGGCUGUAUAUAACAACGCAAACUACAGGAAUAUGAAAUUGGCUUCCAAUUUAUAUGCCCCACUUAGCCAGGGAGUCAGCAUUACAUCUGCACUGAGUCUUAGGGCCAAACUACAUAAGACAUUUUUACUGAGUUGGGUCCAGAUUUCCCAGAUGCAACUCUGCAGCUAUGCAGCAGCUGUGGGGAACACCCAUAUAAACUCUGCAUGGCCCCAUUGGGCUUGGGGCCAUGGUGGACAGGGAGGAAGGUCCCCUGCCUUUCCCUGUGCCAUUUUCCUGAGCCACAAUGAUGCAGAGGGGAAUUAUUCCUCCCCUUUUGCAUCUGCACAUGCAGCUCCAAAACACGGGAAUCUGGACUUGGCUUGUUAAAUGUUUUCUGCAGUUUAGCCCUUAGUAUUAGACCAACCCAAUUCCACUGUUUUUCCCCUCUGUGCUUUGGGACAGGCUACUCUGAGGCUGAUUCUCAAGCCAGUAUUAGGUCUGGCUCAUAUACAUCCCCCUUCCCUGGUUCACUUAGCAUUUCCUGUACUGUAUGUUUUUGUACCAAGAGUGGGUCCUUUCCCAUCUUUAUGUUAUGCUGAGAUUUGAAGCAGCUUUCUUAUUGACUUGUAGGGCUGUGAACAUAUAAGGCUUAUGUGAGCUGUGCACAGGCAAGCGGCUCGGACAGGAGAUGAGAAAACUUUCUCUUUUCUUCUCUACCAGGAAAUCCCUGUGUUGCAGAAUGUGAAAUAACUUAUUGGUUGUGUGUGCCCAUGAUAUUUUUUUCUUGUUAAACAGAUUGACACUCCUGAUCUUUUCUUUGUGUAUGUAACCAUAUGAGUUCUGUAUAUGACCUAAUGAUCGCAUGUAUUGUGUAUAUACUAGGCAGUCGCUGUAUUUUCAAAGUAUCUAAAAUGAAAAUAAAAUUUAGAGUCUUUUUUUUAAA